UCCUCUCCUCUCGACUCAUUCAUUCCUCUCCUCCUUCCCACGUCUCCUUAUGGAAACUUUCACUCUCAGACUCUUCUCCCCCGCACCGCCCCGACCGUCUUUCUGCGCGUCGAGGACUACCCGUGUAGUUGCAUGCAGUGGAGCCCUGAAACCCUCCGGCUCGACCGAGAGGGCGUCCGUGGUUGUACGAGCGGAGCACCGCGGUGCAGUGAUGGAGGCAGCGGAGAGCGUUGUUUUGGGUCAACCCAAGGGUAAAAGUGAUGAGAUUGGUGUGAAGGGUUUGGGUCCACCUUAUGGGGGAUUGGUUGAUGAUAUGCAUGAGGAUGGAGGGAUUGGAAUUGUGAAAUUCCUUAGAGGGAAAGUGUUUUUCAUUACUGGUUCCACUGGAUUUCUAGCCAAAGUUCUUAUAGAGAAGAUGUUGAGGACAACUCCCGAUGUGGGAAAAAUUUAUGUUCUGAUUAAGGCCAAAGAUGAAGAAGCUGCAGCAGAGAGGCUAAAAAAAGAUAUUAUAAAUGCAGAGCUUUUCAAGUGCCUAAGACAAAUUCACGGCAAAUACUACAAGUCGUUCAUGAUGAGUAAGUUGAUUCCCGUUGUGGGGAAUGUCUGUGAACCAGACGUGGGACUACAUGUCGACUUUUCUCAUUUAAUUUCCCAUGAAGUUGAUGUUAUUAUCAACUCUGCUGCCAACACCACUUUUGAUGAAAGGUCCAUCUUUGCCAUCGAUAUUAACACCAAGGGACCGUCCAACCUCAUGGGAUUUGCUAAGAAAUGCUCUAAGCUUAAGCUCUUCUUGCAAGUUUCAACCGCCUAUGUGAAUGGACAAAGGCAAGGCAAAAUAAUGGAAAGGCCAUUUUGUAAGGGAGACAGUGAGGCUUUGGAUGUUGAGACUGAAAUCAAGUUGGCCCAUGAUACCCAACGGGCCUUUCAAGGUAAUGUUACGGCCCAAACCAUGAAAGACUUGGGCCUUCAAAGAGCCAAGCGAUUCGGAUGGCAAGACACGUACGUAUUUACAAAGGCAAUGGGCGAAAUGGUAAUCGACCAACUUAGAGGGGACGUGCCUGUUGCGAUUAUCAGACCCAGCAUCAUCGAGAGCACUUUCAAAGACCCGUUCCCGGGAUGGAUCGAGGGAAAUCGGAUGAUGGAUCCUAUAGUUUUGUACUAUGGAAAAGGGCAACUCACUGGGUUCUUGGUGGAUCCUAAUGGAGUCAUUGAUGUUGUGCCGGCAGAUGUGGUGGUGAACGCGACGUUAGCGGCAAUGGCGAGGCACGGAGGAGCUCCACGGCCAAGCAUGAACAUCUACCACGUCGCCUCCUCGGUUGCGAACCCCUUAGUGUUCAACCGCCUCGCCGCGCUCAUCCACCAGCACUACAGCUCUUCGCCGUGCCUCGACGCCGACGGAACCCCGAUCCGCGUCCCCUCCAUGAAGCUCUUCAACUCCGUCGACGAAUUCUCCGACCACCUCUGGAGGGACGCCGCACGGCGAUGCGGGUUGACGGCCGACCGGAAGAAGUCUAAGAAGCUUGAAGCUAUGUGCAGAAAAACGGUGGAGCAACUCAAAUACUUGGCUCAUAUUUAUCACCCUUAUGCCUUCUUCAAUGGAAGGUUUGACAACAGCAAUGCUCAAGGGUUGAUGGAAUUUAUGAGCGAAGAAGAGAAGAGGGAGUUUUGGUUUGACGUGGCGAGCAUUGAUUGGACGGAUUACAUUACAAAUGUCCAUAUUCCUGGUCUAAGGACGCAUGUCAUGAAGGGCAAAAGAGGAAUUAAUUAAUUAAUUAACUAAUUAAUUAAUAAUGUGUACCUAAAUAUUCCCCCAAAUUGGCCCACAAAAAUCAAUAAUUUGUAAUAAUAAUAAUGCCUAUUUGGUUUUUUUAUUUUUUUUUAUUUUUAUUUUUAUAUAUAUUAACUUCCAAGAAUUUGGGGUCAUAACAAGGUUGACCCUUUCUCUUUCUUGUAAUUAAUAAAUGUUUUUAUAAAGUUGAAUUAUACCGUCA